AUGGGCUCACAUCGCUCGGGGCUCAAGAGCGUGUCACCAGAGGAAGCAGCAGCCAUGGCCUACGGCGACAACGAGGCCGGGGAGGGCAGUGGGAGCGGGCGGGCAGUGCUGCUGGACGUGAGAGAAGCGGGGGACUACGAGGAGGUGCAUGCACAAGGAGCAGCGAGUGCGCCGCUCUUCCGCCUCAUCCAAGGCAGCGACCUCACGGCGUGGGCCCGCCGCGUGGGAUACGCUGCGAUGGGGGACUUCAAGGGCACGGAGCGGAACCCGGACCUGCUCAAGCAGGCGGAGGCGGCAGUCGGGGGCGAUAAGAGCCGCACUGUGAUUGUGAUGUCGCUCAAGGCGUGCUAUGAGCUGCAUGUGGCGGGGUUCAGCAGCAUUCUCCAUCUGGACGGCGGGCUCAACCUCUGGCUGCACAAGGAAGCUGCCUUCCGAGCCAUAACCUACCGUAGAUUGUAG